AUGUUUUUAACAACGGUAUUGCUCCGGAAGAGAAUCCCUGGACACCAGUGGAUUGGGAAGUACCGGCGACCGAGACAGGUGACCAUCUGCAUGAAGCAGGCGAUGAUCCGGAGGCUGGAAAUCGAGGCAGAGAAUGAGUACUGGCUGAGCCGACCGUACCUGACGCAGGAGCAGGAGUACAGGCACAACACGGAGGAGAGACGUGCCAGGUGGGAAGCUUUCAAAACCCUGAAGCAAUCCAAGUUUCCUGAGCACAGAUACCUCAGUGACGAUUUAAACCACUUAAACGUGACCAAGAGAUGGACUUGA